CGACAACCAAUCCAACUGCUUGUUUGCGAAAUUCAAAUUGCGGCGGUGAGUGUCCCGUAACUUGUUCGCUACAUUUAUAGAUAACUAGUUAGGUUGUUAUCGUAAUUUCACGCAAAAUUAAACUAUGCUGAUGGCAAAAUUUACAUAAAAAAUAAAAAAAUGAGAUAAGGGACCGAAUGCGUGUUUAGACUAACGUUAACUAUUGUUGGUACAAAUGUCGUCUACGCGUUAUCUGUUGUAGUAGUUGUGGGCAGUACCUUAUCAGACGUCAUUAGCUAACCGUGCGCCUCUUUGUAGAAUUAAAGCUAGCAAGAUUGUUUUUUUGUUUUUUAAUUCUGGAAUGGACGAAGUAAAAAACCAGCAGCCUGCUUUCAGUCGCAUCCGAUACACUUAGAAGACUAAACGCUAACAUUGGCUGGAGUCAAAAUGUUGCUCUCGCCGUCUAAAAACCUAACAACCAAAACAGAGAGAGCGAAUUCUUAUAAAUCGGUACCUUUACACAAGAUCCCUCUAAACGCUAUAACACCUGUUAAGGAUUUGUUAAAAAUUGCCGAGGCACACCAGGUCCGACACUUUGACUUCUCCAAUCCUCGUAAUUUUGCAAAGGUUUCAACAAGCAGAUGUAUGAACGCAAUGAACUCCACUGUACUGCAUGCAGACUGCUACAAGGGAAUGCCAUGCGAACUUAGUAGCAUUGCUGCCGAAGACAGCUCUCCCUUGGGCUGUGAUUCCGUCUUUUUUCCACCCCGGCGGACGAAAUAUGCACCCCUGGUUGUGGGGCACGAUCAACAACUCGAAUCGCCUGCGAAAAUUUUUGCUCGGAUGAAAGCGAAAGUGCAGAAGCAUAAUCACUCGUUAGGACAGAGUGGAGAUGGACAAUCGUUCACCGACGCUCACUGCCCCAGAGCCAGGCAAGAACAGGACGUGCUGUAUUAUACCCGGAGGAAAGAUGACAUCCCUGGCGCAGAAGCUAGGGGAAGCCAGGCCUUUCGCGAUACCAUUGAAGUAGACGCCCUCACCCUCUCACCCAGUCGGACUCCUUGUAAAGUUCAGAGACUUCGGCUCGGUACAUCACCGAGAAAAAACACACCUUGUAACCGGCUUCCGGAACCCUGCAAAUUUUUCGGCAGAACUCCACAACAAUCAAACAGCAGCACCCAACUCGAAGAGCCAAUUCAUCCACCCAGCUGUGCUAAGUCUGCCGGAGGAGAGAUACGAUUUGAAAAAGAAGAAUCGUCCACCCAUGGGAUCUAUCAGGACGAGGUUUUUGCCGUGCCCGAAAUUCCUGUCAAGAGGUCGGACCUUGGCACAACGAGAAAGAACUCUGUGAUGAGUUGUUCUCCAGCGAAGAUAUUUGCCCAGAUGAAGGAAAGGGUGCAACUGCAGAGGAGACAGCAGGAGCCCAAUCGGGUGACCAGCACAGCCGAUGUAAAUCCCGGAGGACUCUUUUACAGAUCCGGCAGACCGAGAACAUUGCCGAUGAGCGGGGAUGAGGCGGACGACGAGUUUUCCCGGGACGUCGACUCUAAUACGGGCGUGUCCAGCAACGCUGGCACCGUGGUUACCAGCCCAGUAGAGGCCAGCUCCACCACGGGCCACGAAGAGCCCGUGGACAGGCGAUGCACCCAUGUCCCUCAAAGACCCCUCCCUGAGCCGGAGCCCCUUCCUGACCUUGCCAACGACACCCUGCUCCAGAACUCUCCCCGCAUCGCCAUCCCCAAGAAGAGGGCAAUCUUGUUUCAGGACAGGGAGGAGGCCGAAUUAAAGACUUCAGACCAGGAGCAGGGCCCGAUGGCAAAGGGAAUUCAUUUGAUGGAAUGGCAGCUUAAGUCCCAGAAUUCAAGGCUGUUUGUUGACGGGUUUCGCACGGACGACAAGGUGCCCUGGCACAGCAACCUAAUUGCUGAGCGGCUUUCGAGCAACGUCCUGAAGACAGUCUCAGGCAGCAUCUACAUCUUGGUCGGCAAGAUGGCCCCUGACCCCAACUCAGUGUUUCCCGGAUGGUUUCUGAAGAAGUUUCUCCACGGCUUUCCAGAAAAGUGGAAGUCUUACUUGUUGAAUUAUUUGUCCACGUUGAAAAGGCAAUCCACUUCAUCUAAGAGAGAGACUCAGGUGAGAGCAAAGGAGCAGUCCUCCAAAACUCCCAAAGCAAAGAUCCCCUCCGGUCCUAAGGCCAAUCUCCUAGAGAGCAGCGCAAAGCUUUCCCGUAGUGGGAGACUCAUCAAGGCGCCCCUGGAGUACUGGAAAGGGGGAAGGGUUAUCUUGGAUUCAGACAUGAACAUCACCAUCCAUGAGGACUACCAGUCUACUCCCAACACUCAUAGGGGCAACGGUAAAAUUGUACUCAUUGAAUCAUCUCAAAGGACAACAAAGACAUCAUUGAAGGCAUCCUCGGCGAAUUAUAAGGUGCACUACAGGGGAACUGAGAGGACAAAACCAGACAUGUCAGACAGUGACACGCCAGGCGGCAGCAGAAAGCUGCGCUCGUCUCAGAAGCAGUUGCCUGAAGAUAAGGUCUCGGGCACGGAAGGGCUGUUAAACCAGGGCGCGUUAAAUCGGCAGUACGCAGUGGACCUGACACCGCUUAGAACGUCUACUGAAUUGCACCAGAGGUGCUCUGAGAACAACCUGAGAUAUCGCAGAAGCUCUAAGACCAGCGACUCGGCUGACAGUGACAAAGCGGCCCGAGCGGAAAGUCCCACUGGUCAGUCAGUCGGGCCGGACGAAUCGUGUGUUGCAGAUGAGGGCUCAAGGGCCACCUGGAGCAAGGACGAGGAGGCACCUGCGCCACUGAGGAAGCUGAAGCAGUACACCCGACCCAAUAAGGGGUCGGUCAGGGAGGCGAGCUCAAACAGGGUCGUUCCCACCCACCGCGACGUGGAAAAAACGCGCCAAUCGGCGAAGCACUCCGAAUCCGAGAGUGACGGCCAGAGGGGGCUGCCUCCGACGUCCGUCGCCAAGCGCGUCCUGAGACCUCGGACCAAGUCCCGGAGCAGCAGAACUACGGAUUCCUCUCAGGACGACCAGAAAAAAAACGCGAAAGGAAGGGUUUCGUCGAGGCAUUCGGAAGGGACUGGGAGCGACGAGGGCCAUGCCUCAAAGCCCAAUUCUCGACGGCCAGGAAAGAGCCGGACCAACCGCUUGGCGCUGGGCCGCAGGGCUUCUGGGCUGGACACGGAGAGCGACGCGUUUAGCGACCCCCCCAGGCUCUUGAGGUCUUCUUCUCGGAGUCAGCGGAGCGUCCGCGUCAUCAGCUCCUCGCUGGACAGUGCCCGAAUCGACCGCGGGGGGAGACCCAGCCGGGAGCCGGAACCCACUCAGGAGCCUGACAACAGCUCAAGCUUCUCUGACCCCCCAAAGCUUUUCAGUCUGCCUAAGGCAGGAGGGAGAAAGCAGGGACCGGGGAAAGCCAGCACUGCGAGUUGCGGGCCCACCACUCCGCUGUCUAAGGGCAACCGGGCGCAGCAGGAAGUACUGAUCAGCACUGGGAGCGACGGGGAAAGCACACCCGAUUCGGGAAGCAGAACCAAGCGGCCGCUGCGGAAAGUCGGGCAGGUGGUCAAAGACGGAGAUCAAAAGGCCUCAGAAGACGUCCUCUCGUGCACGGGCAAAAGGGCGGGAAAGAAAACGCUGAACCCCCAGCAUGCGCCAGACGCCGGCGAAAACGGACAGCCGUCGGAGUGCGCUAAGCAGCGUCGUUACGUCUCGAGCGAGUCGGAGAGCGAACUGUCCGACUUUGCGCCAUCCCCUGAGGACCGUGGGUUCAGCCUGUCAAGGAAAAAACUCAAUGUCCCCCAAUUGAAAAAGGACGUGUCUUCCAAGCCUUCCCCUGUGAAGAAACGGCAAGAAAAAAACAAUACGAAGGGGAAGAAUAAAGAGGGCGGCAGAAGCUCCAAGAAGGAAGAGCUGGCAGAGGAUGAAGAUGACUGGACGGAAAGCGAACUGGAAAAGCUGCACACGGCUGUGUCCUCAUUCCCCAAGCACAAGAGCGGCUUCUGGAUAAACGUGGCGAUGGCGGUGGGCACGCGCUCAGCCGAGGAGUGCCAGGAGCAGUACACCCAACAGCAGAGUGUGCUGCUCCGAGCCAAGGCCAGGAAGAAAAACACUCGCCACGAAAAGGAGGAGCCUGUUAAGGAGUCACCGCAGAUAACGGCAAAGGCAGGCACUCUGAAGCGGAAGCAACAAAUGAGGAAUUUCCUGGACCACAUGCCCAAAGAUGACCAUGACGAUAUCUUCUCCUCCUCUCCUCUGCAAAACAAACGUGUGAAGCUGCCCACCUUGUCUACGAAUGGGGAAGAGAAUGUGUUCCAGCACUUGCAGCAGAACCCCCAAACGCCUAGUUCCAGUGCAUUCCCUUCAGUGCAGACCCCCCAUUGUCUUCACAUCAGCCCUGGCAUGUUGGGCUCUGUCAACAGAAACAACAACGACAAGUAUGUAUACCAGCUGCAGAAGAAAAUGGGUAAAGGACAAGCCAAUGUCCGUGGACAGGACAGCUGCCUUCAGAAACUGAAGGAUAGCCCCAUGUCAUCCAUAAAAUCUACAAAGAGGAGACCUGAUGCUGAAAAUGAAUCUUUUGUUGUCUGGAAAAUGUUCUCCGACAAGGAACCCCUUCCACCUCCCUCAGAUGAAAGUGGAGUAGAGGAUUAUUAUUUUAUGGAUGAUGACUGAAUCACAGAAUCUGGAUCUUCAAAUCUGGACAUUUUUGGGGGAGCGGAACUUUCAGUGAUUAUUUUUAAUAUGAGAUGAAAAUAUUGUUCCAACAAGUAAAAAUGAAAACGUGGAAUUUUAAAUGUGGAAAAUGGGUGCCUAACAUUUUUCUUGAAAUGUUUCCUAAAGUGUAUUGCUAAUGUCUUGUUUUAUAAUUUAACAGUUGCAAAAGUGCCCCAUAUUUUCUUAUCUUGGAUGUAUCCUAUUUGAUUUCAAAUGUAUGGCAGUGCAUUUCUGUAAAAGAUGAAACACGUGCGCCAAUUAUGUCUGUAAAUAUAAAAAGUAUAUUGUCCACUUGAUUUUCUGACUCACCAUUGUGCAUUCCCUCAGUCAAUGUGUAACGUUACAUGUCUUUGUAGAACCCUUGUAGUCGUCUUUUGGAGUCAGUCUUUUUGUUUCAACGUGUUUUCUAUGAAAAGUUUGCAUUACAAAUUAGUGGUAAGUGAAACGAAGCCGCUCUUUAACGAGUUUAAAUAAAUUGACAGGCAUUUUAA